CUUUCCUCUCUGAUUGGAUUCGGAUUUAGAUGUGCAUGAAUGCUUGAAUAAAGUGAAAGAAAGAAGACCACAAAAUGAUCUGUUAGGAAUGGCUUUUUUUUUUUUUUUUUUUUUUUUAAAUUUUUAUAUUUCAAGUGCAAGCACAUAAUCCAAUAGAAAAUUUCACAACUUAAUGAAUCCAUUUUGCAACUUACAGAAAUUAUAGCUGACAUAGUUGCAAAGAUUAAAAAUUAAAUGCUCAUGUAUAAGAAUAUAAGCAAAGAUUAUUAGUUUCAUUAUGGAGCAAAAGGAGACAUUUGAAAUUAGAAUUUGGAGAAGUACCCACUUACAAAUGAAAAACACUUUUCAUGUGAAACAGUUGGCAUAUCCUUGGGAUAUUUAGCCCAAAUACUGAGUCGCCGAGUUUAUGUUAUAAAGUCUACAUUGGAUGAUCUGUUAUGGUUUACACGAAGUUACAAAUUAUCAAGGUAACAACUCUAGGAACUAUUUCAGAUCAGAUCACACCUCAAGAGCAGACCGUGAGGUGGAUUUUACACUUGAACCUUUGGUGUGUGUCUGUGUUCUUCAUUUGUUGUUGAAAUUGAUGCAGCAGGCAAUUAUCCAUUUACUUUUUUUGGCUAAACUGAUUGCUAGUUCAUGUGGUUUUUCCUUUUACCCUUUUUUACUUUCUUGGCUCAUGUGCUUGGUUCGGGCUUCAGUCAUUUUAGCCCAUUUCCCACUUCAUCCAUCCAUUUGAUAGUCAUUACUUGGAUGAUUAGGAUUGCUUGGUUGGUGUGAUAUUAGAAAUAUGCUCCAUCCAAGAUGGGCCCCAAAUUUUGGAUGGUCUGGACAGCUGUACAUUUGUUCACAUGUGAAGAGCCGCCACCAUUUUUAAAAUGUUGCUAAACUUUGGUAGUCUAAUUCUAUCUUUCUUUUACUCAAAAGAUGAGCCAACAGGUGUCGUGCAUUCGAGAGCGGAUGGCUAUCAAAUAUCCAAUAAAGUGGAAAUAUCCAAAUCAUAGUUUCAUUAGCAUUCACAUGCUGUGUCUGGGGUUCAAGUUGUGAUUGCAUUACUUUCUAGUUGGACUUGGUGGGACACAAGUGCAAUUUGAUGGCUGCUUCCCUAUUAUGAAUACUAGGACCUAUUCACUUUGUUCACAUUGUCAUUGAACCGAAUGAUCAUAAUUCAAUUCACUUUUGCAUACAAAUGCAGACUUAUUUUGCAUUUUCUAGAAAGUCAUGGUGACUGUUUUUUAACUUUUAAUUUUUAAUUUUUUUAUUUUUUUAAAAUCUCAAACCAUUGUAUAAUGAAGUUCCAUUGACGGGAUUAGUCACCAUGAUUGUUCAUCGUCAUGCAGGCGUAUAUAUAUUCUAGUGGUAGUAGGGAGGGUCAAAGGCUAAUCUUCGGAAAUACAGUGUAUGGGGAUUUGAGAAAAUAUUUGUGUGGAUUCUUUGAUACCAUGAUAGGAAACAAAAAAGAAACCCACAGUUAUUUUGAGAUCUCACAGUCUGUGGGAGUAGAUAAGCCGUCUGAGAUCUUAUUUCUGACAGAUGUUGUUCAAGAAGCUGUGGCUGCAAAGUCAGCUGGUUUGGAAGUUAUGAUCUCGGUCCAUCCAGGAAAUGGACCUCUUCCAGAAAACUAGGGAUUUAAAACCAUUAAAUCCUUCUCAGAAAUCCGAGUUUAUAUAAUGUAUGUUUCCAACUAUUGACUUUAUUUAUAGAUUUACUGUAUGAAUUUAUCCAGUAACCAAUAAAAUUUGCUGUUGAUGGGUUUGCACCUUUGCAAAUUGGUUGAA